UGUGCUCAACAAAGCGAGAUGGGUCAUCAGCAGCUCUACUGGAGCCACCCGAGAAAAUUCGGCCAGGGUUCUCGCUUUUGCGGAGUUUGCUCAAACAGGCACGGUCUGAUCCAGAAAUACGGCCUCAACAUGUGCUGGCAGUGUUUCUGCCAGUACCCAAAGGACAUUGGAUUCAUUAAGUUGGACUGAGUGUACUUCCUGUAAUUGGCCAUUCAAGACAUUUACAGUAGAAAUGACAUCUCUGUACAUAAAAUAAAAAGAACUUAAGUUAAAAAAAAAAAA